UCCUUCCGUCUCCCUUUCUCACCCAAGCCUUUUGUUCUCUGUCUGUCUCGAGGAUUUCGAGUUCUCUACUUCACCUUUCAAGAUGCAAAUCUUUGUCAAGACCCUCACAGGAAAGACUAUAACUCUCGAAGUGGAGAGUUCUGAUACAAUUGAUAAUGUCAAAGCCAAAAUCCAAGACAAGGAGGGAAUCCCCCCAGACCAGCAAAGAUUGAUCUUUGCUGGAAAGCAACUUGAAGAUGGCCGGACUUUGGCUGAUUACAACAUUCAAAAAGAAUCUACACUCCACCUAGUUCUUCGGUUGAGAGGGGGAAUGCAAAUUUUUGUAAAGACGCUUACUGGAAAGACCAUAACCCUUGAGGUUGAGAGCUCAGAUACGAUUGAUAAUGUCAAAGCAAAGAUCCAGGACAAGGAGGGUAUUCCCCCAGACCAGCAGAGGCUGAUUUUUGCUGGAAAGCAGCUAGAGGAUGGCAGGACCUUGGCUGACUAUAACAUUCAGAAGGAGUCUACUUUGCAUCUGGUUCUUAGACUUCGAGGAGGUAUGCAGAUCUUUGUGAAGACCCUCACUGGGAAAACAAUCACUCUAGAGGUUGAGAGCUCAGACACAAUUGACAACGUGAAGGCAAAGAUACUAGACAAGGAGGGUAUUCCACCAGACCAGCAGAGGCUCAUCUUCGCCGGGAAGCAGCUUGAGGAUGGCCGUACCCUUGCUGAUUACAACAUACAGAAGGAAUCAACCCUUCACCUUGUUCUCCGUCUCCGUGGUGGUAUGCAGAUUUUUGUCAAGACCUUGACGGGGAAGACAAUUACUCUGGAGGUAGAGAGCUCAGAUACCAUUGAUAAUGUGAAGGCAAAGAUUCAAGACAAGGAGGGUAUUCCACCUGAUCAGCAGAGGCUCAUUUUUGCUGGGAAGCAGUUGGAAGAUGGACGCACUUUGGCCGAUUACAACAUACAGAAGGAAUCUACAUUGCAUUUGGUGCUUCGUCUACGUGGUGGGAUGCAGAUUUUUGUGAAGACAUUGACAGGCAAGACUAUCACACUUGAGGUGGAGAGCUCUGAUACCAUUGACAAUGUGAAAGCCAAGAUUCAGGACAAAGAGGGUAUCCCUCCGGACCAACAAAGGCUUAUUUUUGCUGGGAAGCAACUUGAGGAUGGUCGCACCCUGGCGGACUACAAUAUCCAGAAGGAAUCAACUCUUCAUCUUGUCCUUAGGCUCCGUGGGGGUUGCAUGUGUUGAUCCGAUCACUCUGUUUCUUGCUGGCAUCGUCAUUCUCCUGUGAAUUCUCAGAAUAUUAAUUCCUUGGUUUUAUGUCUGACGUCUUUUCUUUUCGUAAUCCAUCUGAUCAGUGGACCUUUCUUUUUCUGCAUUAUCUCUAUGUUGUUAGUGGUAAUAGUAAUGUGAUUGUUUUUCCUUUUACAUUUAGUACUAGAUGGAUUUGCAAA